AUGCUUCCGUCGUUCAUGGUCAAACUGUUUUGGAAAAGGAUGGACGAGGUGGCGGAGGGAGUAGGAGUGGGAGGGGGUGCCGAACACGAGGGAGGAGGCGAGGGGGCGCCACACGUCGUGGUUGAGUACAGCUACGAUGAGGAGGAGAUCGAGGAGGAUACAUCGAGGCAAGCUCAGCACGGGGUGAGCGGCCCGAGCGGCAAUGCAAACGAGCAGGAGGGCUCAGGCUCGGAAUCGAGCUCGAGCUCAAGCGAUGAGUCGAUCGAGCACGACGCCAAGGGUGCAGGAGAAUAUCCAGGUGGGACGGAGCGUACGGAGGAGCACAGAGUGGCGCUCGGGGAGCGGGUGGACGAGCAGCAGGCGACGGGGGACGAUGGGGCUGUCGAGGAGCAGGAGGGCGGAGCGGCUGCACAGGAGGGUGGGGCAGGAGUGCAUCAGCAGGAGGGCGGGGCGGCUGCGCAGGAGGGUGGGGUCGGAGGGCAGCAGCAGGAGGGCGUGGUGGCUGCGCAGGAGGGUGGGGCAGGAGGGCAGGAGCAGGAGGGCGGGGAGGCUGCGCAGGAGCGACAAGUCGCAGUAAGAAGGAGACACCGCAUGGCCAGUGCCAGCGGACAGGCAGGCCCUUCGACCGGGUGCCCUUCGACGGCAGGCCAUUCGACGUUGGCCAUUGAAUCUAGAGGCCAGGUCGUCGAGCUACUGCAGAGGGUCAUGGAGGUCAAGGCAUCACAGAAGAAGCUCGUUGCCGACGUAUUUGCGAAGCACAGUGAGCAAGCCGCUGUUUUCAACAAGCUUGCUGGGGAUUUUCGGACGGCCUGGAAUAUGAUUUUAGAGUCGUUGAAGAGCACGCUGAAGAAGUGCGGUGAUGCCGUAAAUGGUGUCACGGAGGAGAGGACGCUGUUGGAAGGGGCGCGCACGAAGCUCGACGAGAUGAGCGGGAAAAUCAUCGAAGGGGUGGCAGCCGCUAUCACAAAAGUAAGCGAGGACGACGUCGAGAAGCAGCCCAAGCUUGUCAAUGAGUGGCUGGUUGCUUCGGUCGUGAAGGGUAUUGAGAAAGCCGUCAAGGAGGACUUGUUCUACUCCACCCUCCCGCCCGAGAGCAUGGAGGAGCUGAAGGACGUUGUGAGAGAAGACUACCAAGAAGCUGAAGCUGGCAUAUUGGAAGUCCUCACCGAAGCGAUGACGAGAGGGUUUCGGGGCUUGGCGGGCCCGUCGACGAGGUUGCGCCAGGAGGAGGAGGUGGCUGGUGUUCGCAGCAGGGUUGAGCGUCGAUUUCAUGAGCGCUCGGUUCCUCCUCCUUCUUCGGUGGGAGGACAUGGCCUCGGGAAAAAGGGUGGGAAAGGAGUGGUUGUGGGGGAGAAAAUUGGUGCCCCAAUCGAAUCCGUCGCCUCGACCGGGAAAGGAGCCGUGGAAAAGCGAGGUGCCCCUACCCUGUUCGGAGGCGCUGCAGGGAAAGGAGCGGGGGAGAAACGGGGUGCUCCCAGCCAGGUCGUCGUCGCCGCUGGGUUGUUUUCGAAGACAAAGGCCGACUCAGCUGCGCAGCUCGGUAUUGUUGGCCAUCCUGUCAAGCCUGUGGGAAAGAGGCCGUCGUUCGUGCUAGGCGACGUCUGCCUUAGCGAACCGGGUUCCCCUCCUCCUGGUCCAAAGCCAAGGUCCCCAUCUGCGUGGAAGAAAAGGCAGGCUGUGACAAAUUCGACGAAGCACGCUGCAGAGGCGACAGAGAGUAGUGACGUCGAGAAGGCGUCUACCGUCGUUGCUGCUUGA